UCCAUGGCUGUGAGCAGCACCGGCUGCGAGGUCGCAGGAUCCCAACGGAAGCGGCGUGCGGGGAAAUAAUGUCGUCCUGCUCGGACAGUGGGAGCGGGGAGGACUCGCUGGACCGGCUCCUGCCCCCGGCCGGGGCCCCUCGCAGGAAGAGCGCCACCUCUUUGAGUAAAACGGAGCCCCCCCUGCUCCGCACCGGCACCCGCACCAUCUACACCGCCGGCCGACCCCCCUGGUACGACGAGCACGGCGCCCAGUCGAAGGAGGCCUUCGUCAUCGGACUGUGUGGGGGCAGCGCCUCGGGGAAGACCACCGUGGCCAACAAGAUCAUCGAGGCUCUGGACGUGCCGUGGGUGGUGCUGUUGUCCAUGGACUCCUUCUACAAGGUUUUGUCCCCCGAAGAACAGGCCCUGGCCGCAAACAACGACUACAACUUCGACCACCCGGGCGCGUUCGAUUUCGAGCUGCUGGUGGCCACGUUGAGGAAACUGAAGCAGGGGAAGAGCGUGAAGAUCCCCGUGUACGACUUCACCACCCACAGGCGGCAGAAGGACUGGAAAAAUGUGUACGGUGCCAGUGUAAUCAUAUUUGAAGGAAUUAUGUCUUUUGCGGACAAAGAGCUUCUUCAGCUCCUGGAUAUGAAAAUCUUCGUGGACGCAGACUCAGACAUUCGGCUGGUCCGCCGGCUCCGCAGGGACAUCACAGAGCGCGGACGGGACAUUGAAGGCGUCAUCAAGCUGUACAACAAGUUUGUGAAGCCGGCCUUCGAGCAGUACAUCGAGCCCACCAUGAGGCUGGCUGAUAUCGUCGUGCCGAGAGGCGGUGGGAAUAUGGUGGCCAUUGAUCUGAUAGUCCAGCAUGUCCACAGCCAGCUGGAGGAGCGUGAGCUCAGUGUCAGGGCGCUCCUGGCCUCCGCCCAGCAGACGCAGCCGCUACCGCAGACGCUCAGCGUGCUGGAGAGCACGCCGCAGGUCCGGGGCCUGCACACCAUCAUAAGGAACAGAGAAACCAGCCGGGACGAGUUCAUCUUCUACUCGAAGAGAUUAAUGCGUCUUCUCAUAGAGCACGCUCUGACGUUUCUCCCGUCUCAGUCGUUUGCAGUUCAGACUCCUCAGGGCCACGAGUACGAGGGCCGCAGCUACAACGGUAAAGGGAUCACCGGCGUGUCCAUCCUGCGGGCAGGAGAGACCAUGGAGCCCGCUCUGAGGGCCGUGUGCAAGGACGUCCGCAUCGGGAAGAUCCUCAUCCAGACUAACCUCGACUCUGGAGAACCAGAGCUGCAUUACCUGCGACUGCCCAAAGACAUCAGCGAGGAUCAUGUCAUCCUAAUGGACAGCACGGUCUCCACCGGCGCUGCUGCCAUGAUGGCAGUGCGAGUCCUGCUGGACCACGAGGUGCAGGAGGAGAAGAUCAUGUUGGUGUCGCUGCUGAUGGCGGAGCUGGGCGUUCACUCUGUGGCCUACGCCUUCCCCAAGGUCAAAAUCAUCACCACGGCCGUGGACAAGGGCCUGGACGAUUCUCUGCACGUGAUUCCCGGCAUCGGAGACUUCGGGGACCGUUACUUUGGGACGGACGGCUCUGACGGCUGGAGCGACGAGGAGGACGAGGAGCAGGUGUCAUACUGACUCAAACAUCUGUUCAAGAAAGAGGAGAAAAAAAAACAAAAAAACUAUACCAUUCACACUCCUGUGCGCCCUCCUCUAAAGGCACAAAACAUUUGCUACGUCCACCUUUGUGUGCGCCACAUGCUAUUUUGUACUUCCUAUUCAGCCGCCGAGUCUCGGUCCAGCUGUGCUUCACGCGGGAUUCACUGAUCUGCUCCGAUAUCUCCAGAGAGACGAGCCACGGGCGUCAAACAGUGCCAUUACCUUCGCGGUACAACAAUGCAAUAACAGUAACACGCAGUAAAGGAUGUGAUCCAGGACCAGGUUGCAGCAGCUGUUCUUAAAUCCUGCGCUUCAGUUUCAAACACAUUCACAGAUUAAUAUUUAGGUAAAACCUCCACCGAUUCAGCACACAGCCAUCUGUUUAUCUGUUGGUGGGUGGAGCCUGUGGUUUGACCUUGUUCUGUCCAGAUGUCAAAGUGGGCAGGACGCUCGUCAGCCCACCCAGCAGAGGU